AUGCGCGAAGAUUAUGCCCAAAAUGACCCUGGUCAUUUUCAGUCGAGUCAUCUAUUACAGAACCAGCCACCUGUGACUAGUGCACCCCCGCCUGCUUACGGAGCGUGGAGUGAUGAUGGCAAAGAUGAAUAUUCCAGAUGGGACCCGCGGGGAUGGUCCUUGAAGAGCAAGAUCUUCCUAGCGAUUGGUGUCGUCGUGGUGAUUGUGGCCGUUGUUGUUGGUGCUGUUCUAGGAGUGCGAGCCAACCGGUAUCCCGAUUACUCGAAACUGAACUACAGCUUGAAAGACAACUAUUCGGGAUCGUCAUUUUUCGACAACUUUGAAUAUUUUACUGGCGCCGACCCAACCCAUGGAUUUGUCCAGUACAUCGACCGGUCUGCAUCUGAAUGGCUGAAUCUCACAUCCGCCACGGACACUUCUGCAGUGCUCAAGGUGGACACGAAAUACAAAGGAUCAGAGGCCGCUAACGGGCGCCAAUCUGUGCGAGUCACCUCCAACAAGACCUAUGCUGAUGGACUUUUCAUUUUCGACGUUAUCCACACCCCGUACGGGUGUGGUACAUGGCCGGCCCUAUGGCUGACAGACCCCAACAACUGGCCCGAACACGGAGAAAUUGAUGUCGUGGAAGCUACCAAUGCUGGCACCUUUGGAAUCCAGUCCACACUUCACACAUCGAAAGGCUGCUCCAUGAGUGUUAAACGGAAAGAAAGUGGCUCUGUGGAUAACGAGGACUGUUACUACGCGGCGAAUAGUAAUGCGGGCUGUGGUGUGAAAGGCACUGAGAGUACUUACGGUCCUGAAUUCAAUAGCAAGGGUGGUGGAGUCUAUGCGAUGGAGCUCCGUGAUGCCGGUAUUCGCGUAUGGCAAUGGGUCCGCUCCAAGAUCCCGGCCGAUGUCACCUCGGGAAGUCCCGACCCAUCCACCUGGGGCCAAGCAUUUGCAGAUUUCCCUAACACGGAUUGCGACAUCGGUUCUCAUUUCAAGAACCAGAGUAUUGUCAUCAAUAUCUCUUUGUGUGGUGACUUGGCAGGAGCGAACAAGUACUACAAGAAACAAAGUAGCUGUCCUAGCAGCUGCAAGGCAUUUGUGCGGGACAAUGCGACCAGUUUCGACACUGCAUACUGGGAGUUUGGAGGUUUCAAGGUCUAUCAAGCCUCGUGA